AUGAAUACAUCCUUCUUUUAUGCUUUUUUGAAGAAGCGUAAAGCUGAAAAUGGUAUUGUCUCUUUUAUCAUGGAAGAGGGCAGAUUAGUUGAUAAUUUCUCUGAAGUUGUCUCUCAUUUUGUUAAUCAUUUCAGAUGUAUUUUAGGGAGCUCUAGUUCGGCUACUAGUAGGAUUAAUAUUCAGAGUAUAGAGAUGGGUUCUAAGCUUUCCAUUGAUCAGCAACUGAAGCUUCUUAAACCUUUUUCUAGGAAGGAGAUCCGAGAUGCAUUGUUUGGCAUUCCUAUAACCAAAUCCCCAGGACCUGAUGGGUUUGGUUCAGGCUUUUUUAAAGCUAUUUGGCAUGAUAUAGGGGAUGAAGUUUGUUCAGCAAUAAAUCAUUGUUUUGAAACAGGUUGCUUCCCAUCUGAGCUUUAUGAAACUACCUUGUCUCUGAUGCCUAAGGAUCUCAUCAAAAACUAUGGGAGGGCUUCUACUUCACCAAGAUAUGCUAUUAAGAUUGAUCUAAGUAAGGCCUAUGACACAGUAGACUGGAGAGUUCAAGGCAAAUUUAAAGGUGAGAAGGGGCUGAGACAAGGUAAUCCUAUGUCUCCCAUUUUGUUUGUUCUUAUAAUGGAAUAUCUGACAAGGAGUCUUCAGCUAGCAGCGCUUAAUGCCUCCUAUAGAUAUCACCCAAUGUGCAAAAGCCUCAAGCUUCUUAAUCUGUGCUUUGCAGAUGAUUUGCUCUUAUUUUGUAAGGGUUCUCUCUUAGCUGUUACAAUUAUUAAGGAGGCAGAUUGUAGCUGGUAUUGGAGGAAGCUCUGCCAUCUCAAAGAAAGAUAUAGCCCUGCUGCUAUUCUCACUGCUAGUUCGCAUGGGAAAUUUCAGCCUUCUAAACUGUAUAAUAGCCUUUUAAACCAGCAAAGGGUGGUCAAUUCUCAGCUAUUAACUAGAGAUAAUCUCAGCAUAUUGCAUGUUCCAGUGACCACUUUGAGAUCGGAAUGGAGUAAUGGUUGCUAUCUUGAAUAUGGUAAUAGCAGCUGUUAUUUACAGCAUCUGGAGGAAUAG